AUGGCGGAGCCUCCGCAGUCCCCGGCGGCCCCGGCGCUGCCGCUGCGGGCGCGGCUCAGCUUCGCGUGCGGGCACUUCCUGAACGACGCGUGCUCGGCGCUGUGGUUCACCUACCUGCUGCCCUUCCUGCACGCCGUGCUGGGCUACGGGCACGGCGCGGCCGGCGGGCUGCUCCUGGCCGGGCAGGCGGCCGACGGGCUCUGCACGCCCCUGCUCGGCUUCGAGGCCGACCGGGCCCACGGCUGCGGCCGCUGCGGGCGCAGGAAGGGCUGGCACCUGGCCGGCACCACCUGUGUCCUUGUGUCCUUUCCCUUUGUCUUCAGCCCCUGCCUGGCCUGCAGGGAGAGCACUCCACAGUGGGCAGCCUUCAUCUACUACCUCCCCUUCAUCGUCAUCUUCCAGUUUGGCUGGGCAGCCACGCAGGUGUCCCACCUGGCCCUCAUCCCCGAGCUGGUGAGCAGUGACCAUGGGAAGGUGGAGCUCACGGCUUUCAGGUAUGCCUUCACCGUCAUGGCCAACAUCACUGUGUACGGCCUGACCUGGCUCCUGCUGAACUUCCAGACGGACAAGCCCGACCACAUGGAGCACCUGGGCCCACAGGACAUCCCUGUGUUUCGGAACUUGGCCCUCAUCGUGGUGGGGCUCGGGGCCGUGUUCUCCCUUAUCUUCCACCUGGGCACCAAGGAGAAGCCGUACCCACCAGGGGUGCUGCCCGAGCCAGAGGAGAGCACCCUGCUGCUGCACAAGGAGCCCUCGGGCCCCCCGCGCCCACUGCUGCACUGGAAGGACUGGCUGCUGGAGCCCUCCUUCUACCAGGUUGCAGUGCUCUACAUGGCCACCCGCCUCAUCGUCAACCUGUCCCAGACCUACAUCGCCAUGUACCUGACCAACUCACUGCUGCUCUCCAAGAAGUACAUUGCCACCAUUCCCCUAGUGAUGUAUGUCAGCGGGUUCCUCUCCUCAUUCCUCAUGAAGCCUGUGAACAAAUGGAUUGGUCGGAACCUGACUUACUUUGUGGGCAUCCUGGUGGUCCUGGCCUUUGCCUCAUGGGUGACCCUGGCCAGGCCGAUAGGAGAUGAGAUCUACGUGCUGGCAGUGCUGCUCGGGGCCGGCUCGGCCACCAUCCUGGUCACCUCCCUGUCUAUGACUGCAGAUCUCAUCGGCACUAACACGCACAGCAGCGCAUUUGUCUACGGUGCCAUGAGCUUCACGGACAAGAUGGCCAAUGGCCUGGCUGUGAUGGUGAUCCAGAACCUGCACCCCUGCCCGACUGAGCUGUGCUGCCCUGCCUGUGUCGACUUCUACCGCUGGGUGAUGGUGCUGGUCACUGGCGGCAUCGCCAUUGCUGCUGUCACCGUGCUGUGCUGCAUCAUGGUGUGGCCCAUCCGGAUCCGCUACCGUGCUGUCAGCCUGCAGGGGCUGAGCUGUGCUAGGACCCCUGAAAGUGGCACUGGGAGCGCUGAGGGAGAGAGCCAGAGCAGCGCCAUCAACUGAGCGGGCCUGUGUCCCUGGCCACCAUGUCCUCAGGGCUGUGUCCCUGGCCACCAUGUCCUCAGGGCUGUGUCCUCAGCCACUGUGUCCUUGGCCACUACGGUGCCACACUCUGAGUCUGGAGGGUCCCCUGCACUGGGGGCCACUGGGCUCUGGGGAGGGGGGUGACCCCCACCCUGUCUCCUUGCACUGGACUCAUAUUCCCACUAACUUGUAUUCCCAUGAACCCUGGACUCAUGUUCCCAUCCUGGACUCUCGUGUCCCAGACCCCACCGGGCUGAUGAAGGCUGUCUUUGGUGCAGUGUCACCGGUGCAGGGUCACCUGUCACCUCUCACCUGCACAAUGAACAUUGCCAGGCCGGGGCAGCCCUAGAAGAUGAUGGGGCACCCGGCCCGAGGUUUUAAUCUGCUUUUGUAAGGUCAAUACGUACAAAGGGCACUUUAUAAAGGAGGAG